GUAUCCCAAUUGCUGAAGCGUUUUCGGUCUCUCAGCUGCGAUUACUUCGGCCCAAAUCCAAUAGCGUUUUUACUCUGGCCACCGGCCAGUACAAGAUUCGUCGGGAACGGUCUCCCGGCCGUCGUUGACCGUUCUUUUACCAGGCUUCAACCCCGCCCGCAACAGGCGCCACCCCCCAAGUCCCACCACCAUCUCCCCAACUCUUCCAUCUUUCCGCCAUUGAAGACUCGAGAUCAGAAACCCUCAAACUGAUUGCAAAUGGGAAUCUUGAAACUGCUUUUUAUAACUAAUCUAAUUCUCCUACUGCCUUUCCAGCUUCAAUCUGCCAACACUUAUAAUGUAGGAGAUCCGGUGCCCCUUUUUGUUAACAAGAUUGGGCCCCUUCAUAAUCCCAGUGAAACAUACCAAUACUAUGAGUUGGCCUUCUGUCAUCCAGAUCAGGUGCUUGAAGAGAAGGAAAAUCUUGGGGAAGUUCUGAACGGUGACAGGUUAGCAAAUGCUUUAUAUGAGUUGGAAUUUGCUGUGAACAAAACUGGUGCAGCUCUUUGCCAGCAGAAGCUCAGUAGCGGUGAGAUUGCAAAUUUCAGGCAUGCUAUAACAUAUAACUUUUACUACCAGAUGUACUAUGACGAUCUUCCCUUGUGGGCAUUCAUUGGAAAAGUUGAAGAAGGAAACUGGACUGAUGACGGUAUGGGGCCAAAGUAUUUCCUGUUUACCCAUGUUCAGUUUGAUGCUCUAUACAAUGGAAACCAAGUCAUAGAAAUCCAUGCCUUCAGUGACCCAAGUCAUGCAAUAGACAUAACAGAAGAUGUUGAUGUCAAAGUUGAUUUCACUUAUUCUGUGUCCUGGAAACGGACCCCUAGACCAUACAAGAACCGAAUGGACAGAUACUCGGCAGCUUCCUUACUGCCUAUACUUCAAAAAACUCAUUGGUUCUCUUUUGUUAAUUCGAUUGUUAUAGUAAUUCUGCUUAUGGGACUGCUUACCGUGCUUUUCAUGCGGCAUCUCAAGAAUGACAUAAGAAAGUGGUCGAUUGGAGAUGAAGAUGAGGAGAAAGAGGUUGGUUGGAAAUACAUUCAUGGGGAUGUAUUCAGGUGCCCGACAAACCUGCCAUUGUUUUCUGCCAUUUUGGGUAGUGGCACCCAAUUGUUGAGCAUGGUUCUCAUCUUAUUUGUUUUGGCAUUUCUGGGAGUCUUCCAUCCUUACAGCCGUGGCACUCUCUCAAGUUCUAUACUCAUUUCUUACAUUCUUACAACAGCCAUCGCUGGCUAUAGCUCUGCUUCUUUUUGCAAUCAAUAUGCUGAAACUGGAUGGGAAAGAAGUGCUCUUCUAGCAGGAAUACUCUUCUUAGGUCCUUUUCUCUUGACGGCAUUCUUCCUCAAUAUACUGGCUUCAUAUUUUCGUGUGACCACAGCGCUUCCUCUUGGAACAAUGCUUCUCAUUUUUCUCAUAUUUACACUUGUUGCAAUUCCGUUACUCAUCCUUGGUGGAGUGGUUGGACACCGCUACAAGUCCCAUCUCCAAUCGUUUCCCAUUACCAAAAAAUGUCCAAGGGAGAUUCCGUCAUUGUCUUGGUAUCGAAAAACGCCGGCUCAAAUGUUUCUUGUAGGGAUUUUACCUUUCAGUGCAAUCGCCCUGGAGUUACACAACUUGUGUGCUACUAUGUGGGGCUAUAAAAUCUAUACUUCUCCUGGAAUUUUGUUUGUUACGUUUGUAAUUCUUGCCAUUCUCACUUCUAUGUUGAGUGUUGGCUUGACUUAUCUUCAGCUGGCUGCAGAGGACCACGAAUGGUGGUGGAGGUCUGUACUACGUGGCGGCUCAACAGCAAUAUUUAUGUUCUCCUACUGCACAUACUUCUACUUGAAAUCAAAUAUGAGCGGCAUCCUGCAGACUGCCUUCUUUUUCGGCUACAGCGCCUGCAUGUGCUAUGCCUUCUUCCUGAUGCUUGGAACAGUAAGUUUUCAAGCUUCUUUGCUGUUUGUUGGGCGCAUAUACCAUGCUGUCAAGAGCGAGUGAACUUGCUGUUGUAUGUGCAUCAAAGAUAAAUUGUAGAAACAGUUGAAAGUAUGACCAACCACCAUUUU